AGUUUAAAUCCCUUGAUAAAACGCAACAAAACGAACGAGAUCUGUGUUUGACAACUUGGCGCAUUAUGUUUCGGAUGAAGAAUUUCGUACAUCGAUAAUCGCUGUCACGUAAAAUCGUGCACGAUUGCAACAAAGAUCUGCAAAAUUUCCGUUUCUUUUUACUAAUGAGGAGAACACAAUGUUGAAGUACAUUUUUCCUGUUGCGAUAAUCGUUCUCGCCUGCUUGUCACAGCAAUCUGAGGCGCAAUAUGAUGACAAGAGGUGCAAGUGCAUCUGUCCGAGCCUUUCUUCCGUUAUAAAUACGACGCAGUCGACCGAACGUCUUACAUACAUUAUAAAUGUACCACCAUUACAAUGCAAAUGUGAAAGUGUUGUUCUGCCGAAACUUGGUGACCAAAUAAAAGGCAAGGAAGAGGUAUUUUGCUCACGAUGCGACUGCAAAUAUGAAAACAGGAACACUACUAUUAUUAAGAUCGUGGUGAUAAUAGUUAUAUGGGUUAUCUCAUUGUUAGUAAUUUAUAUGUUAUUCCUAAUUUGUCUGGAUCCACUGCUUAACAAACGGAUACACAAAGCGUCAGCAAAUAUCGGUUAUCAUGAACAUAAUAAUGAAGAAGAUGAUUCAUCUCUCGCACCUGGUACGUCUCACCCAAUGGGAGAAAGGGGCAAUGUUUUGAAUCGUGUUGGACACCAGCAGGACAAGUGGAAGCGACAAGUUCGAGAACAGAGGCGGAAUAUUUACGAUCGUCAUACUAUGCUGAAUUAAGUCAAACAGUCUGUUUCCUAAAUAUGUAAAAUAUCCAAACAGAAUACUUCUAAAUGUGACGACAAUUUAUUCGUCGACGAUCCUUUCGAAGUAAACCUCUCGCGAAUAGUUUGUAAAAAUAUAAUUUGUUACAAUAAUAAAGUAACAUUAAAUGUUAGCGACUA